CCAGAGUACAAAUAUGACGAUCUCUGAGUUCUUUUCACACAGCGUCAUUUCAUUGUCAACUUGUAUUUGAUCGUCUGGUGCCAAUGUGACGGAUGAGAAGGAAAAACGCACCCGAUGACAUCGCUGAAGAAAUGCGCGGUCACGUGUGUAUUAAUAACUCGCCAACGCUGCCCACCCGUCCCCGACUUUCACACAUGAGCACCGAGGCGGCUGGAUUUGGCAUCGUCUGAAUCGGCAAUUAGAGAGACACAAUAGAGAAAUGGAGAAAAAUCUCCGGCGGGCGCAGCCCUUGAAAAACGAGAGCCUUUGUUGCUGUCGGCUGAACGCCCCCGCCGAUCUAACAAUGGACGUUUGCAAAGACGCUCCGUUUGUCCCGACCGUCACCGCCAUCUCCUCCAGUCCGGAUUUCCGGUGGAUGGUCCAGCCGACGAUCAUUACAUCUGUCUCCCCGUCUCCGGGUUGCGAGCGAGCCAACGAGGCGCAAAGCUCUCGCCGCCAAAACCGGGCGACACCCAUAAGAGAGAGCAGGAAUAAGGGGAAGAAUGCGGUGCGAAAGGCAAAAGCGGAGCAGCUGUCCCCGGAGGAGGAGGAGAAGAAGAGGAUCCGAAGGGAGAGGAAUAAAAUGGCUGCCGCCAAGUGUCGCAACCGACGGAGGGAACUGACGGAUACGCUGCAAGCUGAGACGGACAAACUGGAGGAGGAAAAAGCAUCCUUGGAGACAGAAAUUGCCAACCUCCUCAAAGAGAAGGAGCGCCUGGAAUUCAUCCUGGCCACCCAUCAACCGGCUUGCCAAAUGUCCCGGGACACGGAGUCCGACGGCUCCCCGGAAAGUCCGGAGGAGCCGGGCGGUCUCCCGGACGACGGCGUUCGGGAAGCUCCUUCGCUCCAAGAGACGGACGUCCCCGGCGAUCCGUCGGCGGCCAUCUCGGGGAAUUCCGACAUCCUGUUGUGCGCCAGCGCCCAAAUCGACGUCUGCGAUCUGGAACCUUCGCUGGACAUCGAGGAGGGGCUCCUGGACCAAAUGCUGCCCGCUUUAGAGGACGAGCCGCCCGGGGAGACGGCGCGAUCCGUUCCGGACAUCGACCUGAGCGGCUCCCUCGGCGUCUCGGACUGGGAGACUCUGUACAGGUCGGUCUCCGGCGACCUGGAGCCCCUCAGUACUCCCGUGGUGACCUCCACCCCGACCUGCGGCGGCUACCUGUCCGUCUUCACCUUCUCCUGUCCCGAGCUGGACUUGCUCGCAGAGGGGCCGGAGAGCCACAAAGGAGGAAAAAGCGAAUCUGUCGACCGCCUCAAUUCCCCGACUCUACUGGCCUUAUAAAGGAUGGCGACAUACGUCCCGUGUUCGCGAGCACGUAAGCGAUUCGCAGAAGCCGCUUGGCAAAGAAGAUAGACGCGUCGCCGACGGCUCGACGACGAUGAUGUAGCGUGGUUUUGGCUUCGAGCGAGCUCUCCAUUCAAAAGCAUGCGGAGACGUUUUCAGAAGAUUUUCCAAACAUAUAUCGUAUUAUACGAUCUGUUGCUAGAUCUAGGAUGUCAUGUGGAGUUUUAACGUGAUUGUACGGUUUUGUGUUUUGGUGUCAGUCGUGCUGUAAUCGUUCACGCUUACCUCAGUGUCAUCGACCGUGGUUUUGAUCUCAUCGUUGAGAAGGUUUUCCAUGAAAACAUCAGUGCUAUGUACUAUAUUUACAUUAUAUAUAUAUAUAUCAAGAUGUAACUUAUGAUUUAUUUUUCUACCUGUCGGACUUUGUUAAAGGGUGAGAGUGCUUGUCUAUGCUGCUGAACAAUAACAAUAAAUUCACUGGUGAAUAACAGACAAUUGGACUGGAGUCGCAAAUAUGAAGACGCGCGACUCGACUCGUUUGAGCCGGGAGGGUCCGAGACUCGAGACCGGACGUGACUUGUGAGGCAAUAACUCGACCGGACUUUAGGGCCGCAGCUAUUUAAGUCGUCGAUUCAUUUAUUGGUUGGAGUCGUCGGAUAACAAAUAUUCCAUUUGUGGCAGAAUCAUUUCAGGAGAUGUAAAACAAAGAAGCAAGUGUGUAUGCUUGCAUAACCAUUCAUGGUGACCUGCACAUCCAUUGGUGCCAAGAUUGCACUUUGAAAAGAGCAUUAAAUGCGAAUAAAAAUCCCUGAGUGUUUUCUAUACAGAACUACACUUUCAUUUCACAAGAGCCAUACAUACCUUUAAAAAUCCAUUCAAAUACCUUAGCUAAGCAUCAAACGGUACAGAAAAAUAAAACAAAAGAACAAAAAAAUUGGAGUUGUAAAUGACUAAUUAGUCGAAUGGAUUUGUCAUUUUGAAUCAUAAUACAUUUGCACAGCAAAAGUCUGCUAGCUUAUAUGCUAUAAAGUGCUCUUUUUUGUUGUAUAAUUCUCUUAACAAAUUGUUCAAACACAUAUUCCCACAAAAAAGUCUAAAAUAACUUAAUGACAAAUGCAUAAACAAACAUUAGUGCAAACAAUAACUUAAAAGUCUUAUAUUGGCCUGAACAAGGAGCCGCUGGAUUCAGCCUAGACGAGUUGUGUCAUAUUCCCCGUUGCUGCCAGAAGGCAGCGGAUCAUCCCGAAUCACUGCAACAAACCAUUACAAUGCCACUAUAAUUAAACGAAUCACUGAAGCGGCAAAAGGGAGUAUGAGGCCUUUUCUAAUUGCAUUCAUCGUUGCAGCACUACUCAACUUGACUGGUGACACGCUGACUCAGGCCUUUGAAUCGAAAAACUCUGGGCUGGGGCCGCCGCGACACCAAGAUGGAACGGCCUCGCCUUAACACGGUGACGGAAGGCGAAGACGCAAACGUUUGAUUCAGGUCUCCGAAGCGGAACGAUUCGGUUUUCCGGGAUUGCUCCGCAACCAUACGAACGGAACGCUCUCGCUCCGACCACGUCGGCACUCGCGCGUGUCACUUUCGGGCGUGCGCGGUCGCUGCUAGUAAACAUUCAAAAGAGCAACCGUGGUGGAACGUCGGCUUUAAUGGACUGUUUUUAUCAUAUUUUUCAUUCAAAUAUACUUUAUGUUUGCAUUUUUGUGCCUUUUGAGGCAAAAGAGAAAAAAGACGCACGGAUGCCAUUGCUUGGAGUGUGCUGGUAUGUUGUCUUCCGGGCUGAGGAGGUCGUUGUCUGGCUCUUGCUGAAUACUACGUGGUUCCCACGCGACAUGGUUCAAAUGGAGCCGCGUAAAUACAAACUCGAAACACCUCGUAUUCUCGGAGCGUCACCAUGUAAACGGCCCCCUGAGAUGGGUUCCCACCUACCACCGGUCGCCUUGGCCGCUGUCAAUCAAUUGAGUGAAAGCUGCAGACGCAUCGUGGCAAGUCCAGCAGUGGCAGUUCACAUCACAAGCGAAUUAUUUUUGCUGACAAAAACUUCCAUUCUAAUGGGAAACACUGAAAAGACGCCAAUAUUUGCGACAAUGAAUGCGCAGCGUCAAAGUUUGUCCGCCACUUUACACUGGAAAGUCUGGGAGAUUUUGGGGCUAUGCUAGUCUAGCACACGAACACAUUCCAAGGUGACGACUAUGCCCUCCUUUGAUAAAUGAAUUGCUCAAUGCGUUGCGCUUCUGGUUUCAAUAGGCGACCAGCGUCUGUAACGACGAGAGCGAAAGAGCACGCUGGGUGAAGUUGCAAGCCAUCAGUAUUUCCUAGUCAUUGCACAUUUACCAAACAAAACAGCUGAAGUGGGUUAUUAGCUAAAUGCCAUUGUGCCACCUGGCUCUCCUCUAGACUUACUGAACAGAUAAGCCAAGUGACUCUGCUUUAGACUGGCAAGAUUUAAAGACGCGCGAGGUCAAGUGAAAACUAACGUUACUUUGUGCAGAUUAUACUGCGUACUCGUUUUUUUUUUUUUACAUUGACAGUAAGGUUUCCCUUUCCCUUUGUGUGUGGGCUGGGGAACAAUCGUGAAAGCCUGUGACUCGACUCGACUUUCCCACAACAGGUAAGACUCGGGACUCUCUUGUGACUCGGAUCAUUGUGACUCAUGCAAUUGUCUGAGUAAUCCUUAAAAUAAAAUACAAAACGAUGAUGCUUGUUAUAAACCAGGGGGUGCUAGUAGGUCCAAUUCUGACGGACUGAUUGGGACCCCUUAGAAAAAUGUACAGUAUUUUCAAUUUACAGUGCACAUAUGGCAGAGGUCAAAGAAUUUUUUGGGUCUUUUUUUUCCACAGGGCCCCCAGAUGUUUGUGAACACCUCUACCUGUGAAAUUGGGGCCCAAUAAUGGUUUAAAGUAUCCAUG